AUUCCCGGCCGAACCGUCCCGUUAUAAUGAACACCACUUGUUGUCUGCUUGGGUAGUGCGCCGACCGCAACCGCACGCCCUUCCUUUGGACGCGAAUGUAUCGUCCUCACAUUCGAUGAAAUUUCGCAUAUAAAAGUGACUUACACAUAACAGAGUUGUAAUAUUAGUGUUAUUGUAUCAGUUACAAAAUGUGUUCCAAGCUAAUAGUUUAUUAUGUAAACUUGGCUCUUGUCAUAAGCUGUGUCAUCGCUGAUUGCAGCCUCAGAUUAAAAUAUGCGUGGGGUGAUGCGUUAGAAGGUACAGACUGUCCUGGACCAGAUGGAAGACCCUAUCCUAGGCAUUUAGUAAACAGAGCAUUAAAAUCUGGAAUAUGGGGACAGUCGGUGAGGCAAGCAAGAUCUGGAUUUCCAACAAGUAAAACCGUUGAUCCAUUAAUAAUGAGAAGAGCGCUUCUGGAUGCUCACACGGAAUACGCAAUGCCGGCAAAUACAAAAAAUACUGGCAAUAGAACUGCACGGGCGAGCAAUAUACCAGGACUAACGCCAAUGACAAGUGGUAAUUCAUGUGGUGGCACACGACUUUGCCGCACGAGAUACAACACUACAGCACCAAUGUAUGGCGUUUCUUUGACUUCUGGCCAACCAGUAACAAUAGUUCAGAAGUUCCCGGAUCUUCUUCAGCAAGUUGUUUUUGAAGUUUGCGAGUCCAGUGAAUGCUCACUCAUCCGUGGUUCCUGCACUCAGACGUAUGUGCCGUAUUUGUUCCUGGUCUUACCACUUGGCCCUGUGACUUUAACUGGUCAGGACUAUGUACUCGUAGAAUCAGGUUGUGUAUGCCGGCCAGAUCCGAUAGGCACACCUUAGUUAGAUAUAAUAGGAUUAAUUAUUUAAACAAUUUGAUUUCAUUUUGCCAUUUGUAAAAAAACAUCACGUCAAUUUAAAAAAUAAAUACCCGCUAACUUUUACCUAUAGGCUAUGGUUCAAGCCUCAGCAAACUGUAAUAGCACAAAAACCUUAUAAUAUUUUAAUAAACUAUAACGGAUAUAAAAAGUUUGUACAUUGAUAACGCAAUUAAACUGAUUUACAGUAUAUAACUACUGACAUCGAUAUUUGUAUGAAUAUUCUCAAGAAAUCGAAUUAUUUAUGUGAGUGUGAUUUUAUAUAAAUAGUGAGUCUGAAAUAAAAUUUCUCAAAAUGCAUUUAUUACAUUUAAGUAAGUCAUUAUAAACAAAUACCUAGUUAUAAGUUUAAUUUUAGAAUAUUUAAUAUUAGG